GGCCCAAGUGCACGGAGUCCGCAUCAAAAAUAUGUGUUCGUCAGCAUGGAAGCCUCGCACUACUACCCGAUUUGUGAAAAGAAAUACGAUGGCUUUUUCAAUUGGACUUGGACUUACAGAUUAGAUUCUGAUGAACCUUACGGAUACAUAACUAUUAGAAAUAUUACGGGCGACAUAAUUGGUCCAAACCAAAUCAUGCACUGGAUGAAAUUGGAUUCGAUGCAGCCAAUCGAUGAAGAAACAAUAAGGAUCUUAGAGAAGAAAAACAAGACUGCCGCCUGGUUUGUUACGAAUUGCAAAAGUUUAAGUAAAAGAGAAGUUCUCGUGUUUAGGCUACAAAGUGAAUUAUUUAAAUAUGGUUUGGAGAUUGAUAUUUUCGGAGAAUGUAAAUGGGCUCCGAAUAAAUGCCCAUUGGAAAAUAUGGACAAGUGCUUGGAUAUGAUACAAGAGCAAUACUAUUUUUAUCUCUCUUUUGAGAAUUCCUUUAGUGAAGACUACGUGACUGAGAAAUUGCUGACGGCGUUACAGAAUUACGCGGUACCGGUGGUUUACGGAGGCGCUAACUACACACGAUUCAUGCCAGAUGGUAUUUAUUUGCAUGCUGGUAAACUAGAAGUCUCUGAUCUGGCGAAACAAAUGAAUGACAUCAUGAAAGACAAAGACAGAUACUACAGUUUCUUCAAAUGGCGAAACCACUACUCCUACCACGAAAGAGGAGAGUCGCCCGAUUCUGACGACCUGUGCAGGACUUGUGAAAUGCUCCACGACGAGACACUUGUGAAGAAGGAAACCGUGUAUAAGGAUUUUAGAAAUUGGUGGAACGCUCCGGGGGUAUGCGUCCGUAAAAGAUAUAAAAAAUACGCUUUACGGAUAGGAAACUUAAAAAAAAUACAAACUGUAGAACCUUUAUUUCUAAAGUAA